AUGGCAUAUACCGGCCUCACCGUGCCUCUCGUCGUGAUGAGUGUUUUCUGGGGCUUCGUCGGCUUCCUGGUGCCCUGGUUCAUCCCUAAGGGUCCCAACCGUGAAGUUAUCAUCACCAUGUUGAUGACCUGUUCAGUUUGCUCCCGCUGCUAUCUCUUUUGGCUGAUUGCAGUUCUGGCCCAACUCAACCCUCUCUUUGGACCACAGUUGAAAAAUGAAAUCAUCUGGUACAUCAAGCAUCACUGGCCUUGA